GGACGACUUGACGUAAACGAGCAUGCUGCGUGGCUGAUGUUGUGUCCCUCUAAUAUCGUGGAGGCUGGUCGCAUGCACAUUAUUCAUGGUUGUCCACUCUACGCUUUGCUGUUGAGAUGGAUGUCUUUACAACACUCUCGAUGAGUCUCUGGCAUCAACAGAUACCUCGAGCGGUACCUGCAGCAAAAUAACAUCAGCGCAACGCUUGUGUGAUCCCAUCCCGGUGCUCCCAUGCGGGUGAUGACCACAUGGCCAAUGAUUGGCUGACCACGACACACCCGAACAGCCCGAACUAAGCCAUUGAGCAAAAGCCCGCAAGAGCCCUGGCUUCCCAGCCUCCUUGGUAGGGCCUGCGUAGGUGGUGUCUAUUUCAUCCGGGCGCCCGUCCCUGGGUCCCCGCUCGCAAGCUUCUCCAUAGCUCUCAGCUCUCGCCCUACCCCAAAAUACUACCUUGACCUACCAACCUUCCUCAAAUUCCGCCAGAACAACACAAUGUCCACAAGAAAGAGGAAGAACCAGGAGGAGGAGCUUGUCGCUCUCCCAAGUGAUGAGAGCGAAGAGGAAGAAGAGUACGACGAGUCUGACGGGUCAAACUUCAAUUCAGACGAUUCCGACGCCGAAGAGCCUCUUGCAGCACCAAAGAAGAAGACCAAGCGCACCAAGCCCAAAGAUGAUGAGGAUGAUGAAGAGGAGGAGGAAGACGACGUGAGCGAUGAUGAUGAUGACGACGCUGCGGUGCCCGAGGAAGAUGACGACGACGAUGAAGACGCCAAUCCCAAAGGCAAGAAGCCAGCCGGUGCGGAGAAGGACCGGAAGGUCAAGACCACAGGCAAAGCUGACCCUGUACCUGUUGUCGACGACGACGACGACGAUGACGAGUAGAGAUGUAAUGUCGAGGUGCCGAGCAUUUUAGUAGUGCUAGCUGAUCAACGAGAAUAUACAAAAUAUCAGUUG